AUGUCUGGUACAUUUGUCAAAUCUGAUAAGUCUCUGAUCAGCAUUGAUCCCACCAGAAUCAGUGCAAAGAUAGACGAUAAGAUCUACUCUGGCUUUAUUGAACAUAUGGGAAGAUGUAUUUAUGGCGGAAUUGUUGAUUACAGUGAGGAAGCCAAUCUUGCUGGGCUCACGAAUGAAAAGGGAUAUCGUUUAGAUGUGGCAGAGAAACUUAGAGCUCUAAAUAUGCCAGUAAUACGAUAUCCAGGAGGUAACUUUGUAUCAACGUAUCAUUGGCUUGAUGGAGUUGGUCCAAAAGAAUCCAGACCAAGACGUCCUGACUUAGCUUGGCGUGGCGAAGAGAGUAAUCAAUUCGGCACAGAUGAGUUCCUAGACUGGUGUCAAUUUAUGGGAGUUGAACCAUACAUCUGUCUUAAUAUGGGUACGGGCACUUUGGACGAAGCAUUAGCCUGGUUAGAAUAUUGUAAUUCCGACGGUGAUACCUAUUACGCUAAUUUACGGCGUAAAAAUGGACACAAAGAACCUUAUAAUGUGAAAUAUUGGGCUCUAGGUAAUGAAAUGUGGGGAGAUUGGCAGGUUGGUCAGUUAUCUGCAGAGGACUAUGCUAAGAAAGCACAUCAAUGGGGUAAAGCUCUUAAGAUGAUAGAUGCAAACAUCCAGGUUGUUGGAUGUGGUAAUAGCGGUGUUAAUAAUUGGGAUUUAACGGUCACUCAAAAGCUGAUUAAUCAGAUGGACUACUACUCAAUUCACUUAUACACAACCGAUCCUGAAUACUAUAGAAAUAUAACUUCGACAAUUGCUGCUGAGGAGUCAAUAGAAGUUGCCGCAAGAUUACUCGAAAUAGCAAGAAUAAAUGCAAGAGAUAAGAGCACCAGGAAAAGAGACGUAAAAAUCUGCUUCGAUGAAUGGAAUGUUUGGGAUCCUGUUAGAGCCGAUGGCCAAAAGGGAGCAGAAGAGACAUACACAUUAACUGAUUCUCUGGGUGUCGCCAGUUGGUGUAAUGUCUUUGUCAGACAGGCUAAGAAUGUUGGAAUGGCUAACAUAGCUCAAUGUGUCAAUGUAAUUUCACCAAUUAAGACGUCGAAGAAGGGUCUUUUAUUACAGACAACUUAUCAUUCUCUGCUGCUAUUUUCUCAGUUUAUGAGAGGAUCAACUUUAAAUGUCCAUGUUUCCUCACCUGUAUACACCGGAAGUAAUAUUGGAAGUAGCGUCUGGGGUUUAGAAUGGGUGAGUGACGUAGUGAGUGAAAUCCCACUUUUAGAUGUCAGUGCCACAAUUAAUGGGAAAUUUGUAUCUAUUGCUGUUGUGAAUAGGUCGAAGGAUGAAGAUAUUGGUUCAAAAUUGGAUCUCCAAGGCACCCUUUCCGAAUUGGCUCAGGUCUACACCAUUUACCAUGACAAUAUAGAGGCCAUCAAUAGCUGGGAAAAUUCUCAAAAUGUGGUUCCUACUCUUAAGGAGAUAUCAGCUAAUGAAAUUUUUGGAGAUAGUAGGACAUUCAAGUUCAAAAAGCAUAGUUUCACCUUAAUUAGAGUGUCUCUAGCAUCAUGA